AUGUUUUGGAAGAUUGACCUACACACGGCUUCUCAUCUGGAGGCUUUAUUGGACAAAGAGGAUGUCACGCUCACUGAGCUCAUGGAUGAGGAUGACGUGCUGCAGGAGUGCAAGGCUCAGAACAAAAGACUCCUCCUGUUCCUGUGCCAGGACAAGUGUAUGCAGGAGCUGGUACGCAAGAUUACCACAGAGCCUCCUGCUGGUAUCGAGGAGACCAAGCGAUUUAAGUAUUCAAAUAUAGCUUGCGAGUUGUUGACAAGCGACGUGGGGGUGAUCAAUGACAAGCUGGGCAAUGAGGAGCCGCUACUGGAAAGCCUGUAUUCCUUCCUGGAACAGCCCUCCCCUCUCAACCCUCUUCUGUCAUCUUUCUUCAGCAAAACCGUUGGGAACCUUAUUGCACGAAAGACUGAACAGGUGAUUCGUUUCCUGCGGCGAAAGGAGGAAUUCCUCACCCUGGUUCUAAAGCACAUCGACACGUCGGCAAUGAUGGAUGUCCUGCUACGACUCAUUAGUUGUGUGGAGCCGCCCCCUCUUCGGCUGGAAACUUUAACUUGGCUAAAUGAAGAAAAGCUGGCCCAGAGACUUGUGCAAAUAAUUCAUCCAGAGAUGGAUGAAGAGAGGCAGUCCAACGCUUCUCAGACUUUGUGCGACAUCAUUCGUUUAAGCAGGGACCAGGCCAACCAGCUUCAGGAGAUGUCCCAGGCCGACCCUUUGCUGACUGUGCUGGAAUCGCAGGAGUGUGUAGAGCAGCUGCUACAGAACAUGUUCUCAGGAGAAAGAACUGAAAGCUGCAUUGUCAAUGGGAUUCAGGUUCUGCUCACGCUGCUAGAAAUUAGGAGACCUGUCGUGGAUGGUGUUAUGGACGCGCAAGGGUUUGAAAGAAGUUACACCGUGAACAGCAGCAUCCUGUUGGCCAUUCAGCCUCAUUUGCUCCACUUCCACCAGCUUCUUCUGGAGCCUCCUAAGCGAAAUCCUAUGCUGACAACUUUGGGUGUGCUGGAGGAACCUUUGGGGAGCACACGGCUACACGUAUCUAGACUAGUGGCCUCCCUUCUCUAUACCAGCUCCGCCAGCCACGCAGUCAUAGCGCAGGAGCUCUGCAGACUUAAUACAAUGGACCUGCUUUUGAACUCGUUUUUUAAGUACACAUGGAAUAACUUCCUGCACCUCCAAGUGGAGCUCUGCGUGGCAGCCAUUUUGCGGCCCUGCGCCCACGAAAUGAGACUUCAGCUGGGCGCCGUCUCCCAGGACACCGUCCAUCCUCCUCAGGAUGCGUCGCAGGCUUCGGCGGAGGUCGCAGUCCCCCAUGACAAUUCUGCACAUAAUUUGUUGGUGACUCACUUGUUUCAACAUUGCCGCCUCGUUCAACGGAUUCUACUGGCUUGGGAAGAGAACGACAAAACCCAAUCAGAAGGUGGAAUGAGAAGAGGCUACAUGGGACAUCUGACUAGAAUUGCCAACACAAUUGUGCACAAUCUGGAAAAAGGCCCUGUUCACACACAGAUUAGUAAUCUUAUCAGCGAGCUACCAGAUGACUGCAGAGGGCGCUGGGAGACUUUUGUUUGCCAGACCCUGUCAGAGACCAACAGGAGAAACACCAUCGAUCUGGUCGGCAGCGGUAAUCCACGGCCUUCCUCAGAAGAUGAAAUGGAGAGCCCUUUCCCAAAAGAACUCACACUACAGCAGGCUUUCUCCGACUACCAAAUUCAGCAAAUGACUGCGAAUUUUGUGGAUCAGUUUGGAUUCAACGACGACGAGUUUACUGAUCACGAUGAGGGCAUCGGGGCAACGUUUAAUCGAAUUGCUGAGAUCAAUAUCAACAUUGACGUGGGCCAGGACAGCGCCAAUAUGGCUUCGUUUGAUGCCUGCACCAAAGAGAGGAUUCAAGCCUUCGAUGACGACGAAGAGGACAUCUGGGAGGAAAAGGAGAUCAACUAUGCAACACAAGCCAAGUCGAGGAACAGGUUCGGUGGGUCGCAGGCAGCCCAAGGCCAAGCCCCAGGUAAAACACGUGAAAGGUCCACGUCUUCUGACAAAGCGGCGAGCUCAGACUCUGACGAAGGAGAGGAGCUAAAAGACAACAUGGACCCUUUCUCCAGCCAGACUGAGGCCACAAAGAACUCUGGAUGGAUUGCAGACUUCGGAGAGGUGAACUCAAAGGCUCCCGCAGCAGGCGCCGGCUUCGCAGCCUGGGACGAUCCCCAGCCGGCCGCCACCGAGACAGAUGAGAAGGGCUGGGCCAAGUUUACAGACUUCCAGCCUUUCUGUUGUUCUGAAACAGGUCCCCGAUGCAGCUCCCCCAUCGACUCGGACUUCAGCACAAAACCAAGCCAGAACCCCUGUGUGUGGAGCGUAUGCGGAGCAAGGAAAGCCCCCCUGGUGGCUUCGGACAGCUCCUCCUCCGGGAGCUCAGACACCGAUGAAGAUGAGAGCAAGACUGGGUCCGGAGCCGGCCAGGCGGCGACCAUGGAGACCAUCAACAUGGGCGACGGCAAGGAAACCAUCCGGCUCACCGUCGAUGCCAAAAAUGAACGCGCUGUGUUCAGCAGAGUAUUCAGACCAGCCACUAGACGUCACACAGAGAAGAUGGCAGCAGAUGACAAAGCCAAAGGAAAUGAGGCGGAACACGGAGACUGUGCCAGUCCAGCUAAGGCCAGUCCGACCCAGCAACCUUCUACUGUUACACAGUAA